AUGUCUCGAUCGUUCACGGGAUGCAAAAGAUGUAAGGCGCGACGUCAAAAAUGUGACGAGCAGAGGCCAGUCUGCGGUCGAUGUCAGACGGCGGGUGCGCAGUGUCGGUAUGCGAUGCAGCUGCAAUGGGGAGGACGGGCAUUUUCGCGAUCGAGGUUUGGGGCGUGUGUGGGGGAUGGAAUGCAGAAGUUUGAGUACUCCCCCGGGGAAUUCAUAUAUACCACCACCGCCAACGCCAGCAACGCAAACGCUAUCGUGCCAUCGCCCACCUCUCCCACAAAUAACCUCCUAACACGACCGGUCGAUCCCUUCUCGUCGCUAUCCUCCGAACAGAAAUCCCUUCUCCACCACUUCAUCCACGAUGCCUCACAAAUCACCGCCUGCCACUCCGGAAUGCAAACAGAUAUCUGCAAAAUGCUCAUCCCAAUGGCCCUCCAAACGCCGUCCCUCCUAUACGCAACAACAGCCCUCUCCGCAAUCCAUCUGCAGGCAGUAAACAAUCGAUCAGAAACGGUCAAGUCAGCACCCGAAAUCGCACGCUUCAUGGCCCUCAGCCUCGAACAUUUCCGAAACGAACUGCAGAACCCCAGCACGCGGGGUUCGGAUGCGCUCCUUGCGACGGCCCGGACGCUGUGUCUCGCGGAGAUUCACUCAGGGGCUAUUCAUCCAAACUCGUGGCGGGCGCAUAUUGAGGGGGCAAGGGCGUUGAUGGGGACGACUGCGGCGGGACGGCAGGGAGGCGGAGGCGGGAAGGCAGAGGGGUUCCGGUGGUAUUUGGAUCGGUGGUAUCGGUCGAUUGUCUCGCUUACGGCGUUGACGGGGAAUGGGCCGCCGAUUGGGGGUGUUACUGAUCGGGCUGAGUUGCCUGCGGCGCAGCCUGAGGGUUCUUCGCCGGAUUAUCUGGAUGAUUACUGGGGGUUUACGGUGCAUUUGUCUGCGAUAUUCCGCGGGAUCGGUGCAGCUGCUUGGCGACGGCAUCAGAACCGGAGUCUCCAAGAUGGGAGUGAAGAAGCCAGUAUCCAGAACGAAGCAUCGGCUCUGGAAUCUUCGGUACACCAACUUAUGGACCGGGAAGCUGGGACAGUACCCACAUUCUACCCCGGGAUAGUGGAAGGGCUGUCUGCGGAAUGCAUUCGAGAAUUCAUCCUCUGCAAUGAAGCAUUCCAACACAGCGCAUUGAUCCAGAUCCACCGUCGCCUACGCAAAACCCCGACCUCGUCACCCGCCGUGCAGGCGUCCGUCAAACGGAUUCUUGAGUGCACAGAAGUAAUCGGACCGUCGUCUGGUUUAAGUCCAUGGGUAAUGCUCACAACACCACUAUUUAUCGCUGGAUGCGAAGCACGAGGGGAGGAUCGGGAAAAGGUACGAGGGUUACUCGCAUUAUUGCACGACACGAUCCGUGUACCGAACGUGCUGCAGUCAUUGAAGUUUCUAGAGCAAUAUUGGGCGAAUCAAAUGGACGAGGAGGAAGACUGGAGUCAUUAUCUGGAUCGAAUGAGGUUUGAUUUUAUCCCGUAUUGA